GGCAUGAAGGUACUAUUGGAUUAUGAGCAGUCAGCAGAAAGGGGGGAUCUGGAAGGCGGUAAGGGCCACACAAACGGCCCUUCCACUUCGGCACACACCACUUCUGAAGAAUCGUGGGCUCUACCAACGUCCUCCUCCUUCCACCUUCAUACUCAGCAAUGAUAUACUAUACUAUUGACCUACGUUCCAACCGUACACUUUUCCUACUGAAGUGUACGCCAACAGAUACCCUGUAGGCGAGUGCCUCCCUUUACCCGUGAGUCAGGCAGGAUGAAUCUUGAGAUGGCCGGUUUGCUUCUCUGAUGUCUCUACUUCAAGGGGUUUCGGAAUCCACUCAACCUACGUUUGAACACUUGCCGAAAAUUAAUGCUACUGUACAGACCUUAGGGGCUUUCGCAUUCAUCCCCGCAGGCAAACUCGGCUUCGUGUUGUCGCGAACGUUUUUUUGGCGCCGAUGGUUGCAUCUGAUAUCCUCAAUACCCGUUACAUUUGUAUUAGCUCUGGGCAUUUUUUGGAAGCCCAAGUUUGAUACUUGUGAUAGAGAGUUGUAGACUUAGCUGAUAGAGAGAAAGCCUGAAAUGUGACGACGGAAGGCCAUGCACGGUUGCGCAUCCCAAUUGUGAGACUAGGAAGUCUGUACGAUGGCUUCGAGGCCUCUGAGGUCACGUUUACCAAGGAUCUUGGUUUGCGAAAGAUGUCUGGACGAAAAUAAAUGAUUCAUAAGAUGCUUCCUCCUAGCUAUUCUACCA